GGUUCUCAGCACGUCCCUAGCACGCACCACGUCAAUAGUAGGCGGCUAAACUUCCUCCGCCUGUUAGCUAGAAGCAUCAUACAGAAACAGUGUUCUGCUUAUUAGAAACGCGGACCUGCCUCGAAAAGGGACAACGAUGUAAUCGUUUAGUCAUUUUAAGCCUGCUAAUGAUGAACUCCAUGUCAUCAGCCCUGCAUUCGGCUUCAAGCCCAGCAUGCAGAGCGCUACCCGGGGAAGGAAGUCAGGUCCAGCCCAAGGCUCCCCUCCUGCAGAUUCUUCGGGUAGCUGGAGCUCAGGAGGAGAUUUUCACUCUGAAGGAGGUAAUGCACUACCUUGGCCAGUACAUCAUUGUGAAGGAAUUGUAUGACAAACAGAGGCAGCAUAUUGUCCAUUGUCAAGAUGAUCCUCUUGGGGAGCUGCUGGAAGUGGAAAGCUUUUCUGUCAAAAGCCCCAGCCCUGUCUAUGAGAUGCUGAAGAGGAACUUGCUCAUUUUGAAUGGCUCGGACGCGGCAAAGAAUGUUUCAGUCGGCAAGGAUUCUAUUCAGUCUCCAUGUGAAGAUCCCGGGCAGGUGUCCAGCAAGAUGUGUAGUUCUGGAACAUCCUGCAGUGACGCCAGUACCUGUGCCAUGCAGAAUUCAUCUCAACGAAGACCACGGGAUGAAGAUGACGACUCUUUAGAUGGGAUGCCCAGGUCAGCUUGUAAGCGGCCAAAGUUGGAUGUGAGUCUUGACGAAUGGGACCUGUCCGGCCUGCCUUGGUGGUUUCUGGGUAACCUGCGCAGUAAUUACACACGCAGGAGCAAUGGCUCCACAGACAUCCACACCAAUCAAGAGGAGGACACUGCUGUUGUGUCAGAUACCACAGAUGACCUGUGGUUCCUGAAUGAGGCAGAGAGCGAGCAGGUUAGUGUGGAAAUGAAAGAGGCAGCACUUGAACAGGGCAGUGACUCCGAGUCUCCUCAGGAGGAAGAGGAGCAAGGGAGGGACAGCAAAGAGGACAAGGAGAUGCAGGAGGACCUGGAUGAUGACUCGCAAUGUCUCAGUGAUGAUACAGACACUGAAAUCUCCACGCAGGAUGCCUGGCAGUGUUCAGAGUGCCGCAAGUUUAACUCUGCCACACAGCGCUACUGCAUGCGUUGCUGGGCACUGCGCAAGGACUGGUACAAGGACUGUACACGCCUAGCACACACUGUCUCAGUCCCUGACCUCCCAGAUCCUAAAGACGAAGAUGAGGAUGAUGGCAUCGAUGUGCCUGACUGCCCAAGAACCGUGUCAGACCCCGUCAUCCUGCCCUCACAUUGGGUGUCCCGUGAUUUACCUGCAUCGCCCGCAUCCGCUAAGGGUAAAGCUCCACGCCGAGUCCUCCAGGGUUCCCAGGAGAGCCAAGAAGGGCGUGAAGUCAUGCUGGAACCCUGCAGGCUGUGCCGUGUGCGCCCACGUGACGGCAACAUCAUUCAUGGCCGUACGGCACACAUGCUCACCUGCUUUCCCUGUGCACGCAAGCUACACAAGUGCCACGCUCCAUGUCCUGGCUGUGGUCAGAUCAUCCAGAAGGUCAUCAAAAUGUUUGUAGCCUGACAGCUAAAGAAAUGGUUUGUAUAGAAAACACACCGGGAUAAAGCUUAAGGAGGGCUCCAUAUAGCUCAUAAUGACCAAAUAGCAGGUUGCAUGUGAAAUUAACAAACAUAUGUUGUACAGAAUUGUUCAUAUCUAAUUGUUUGCAUGUAAAAUAUACAUAAUUAAGUUGUACAGAGCACUUUGCCUUGAAUGAUGCGUAAACUGUAACUAGCUUAUUCCUUGCAACCUGCAGUGUGUGUAUAUAUUGUACUGAACAAGGUGGCUUCUGUCUAAUGAAAAUUCUUGUGAAGCUGACAUUUUCCAUAGAAUAUGGAAGGAAAUGUACAUAUUCCUAUUCCGGUGAAGAAGGCGGAAAGCAACAAAUGGCCUGGUACUUCUUGACACUUGUGUGAACUUAAUACAGUAUACCAAUUCCUGCAUUAAAAAAAACAAACUUUAACAGGUAAUACUUCAUACUUAAAUAUAUUUAAUGCAUUUGCACAGAAGCCCUUGCCACCCUGAUGUAAUAGAAUAAUUCCCCAGGCGUUGGGUUGUAAGCUGAGAAUUAUCUAAGUUAUUUAUUUAUGAACAUAAUCUCCCCAUUUCAUGGGGUAGUUUUGUUUGGGGUGUAGUUAGACGAGCUCUGCAUGUGAAUUGUGACUGAACCACAAUUGUGUUUUUUUGUUUUUUUGUACUUUCAUUUAUCGGUGGUAUUUUGCAGGAGAGUGUUGAACCCCUUUUUGGCUCACAGAGAGAGUAGCACUUUGUACAGACUUCUAUAAAUAUUCGGAAUAUCUGUGAGCUUAAAGUACUGCUAUUAUAAAUGUGUGCGAAUAUAUAACAGUCUAUGCGCCAUUGUUUCGAGCUGACGAGCCAGCAAAGCUUCAUGUUUCCUCAAUGUUUAGAUUUUUAUAUCAGACAGGCCAAGAGGUUUCAGUUCUGCUCCAGGGCUUUUGUGAAAAAUCAAUUCCUUUUUGUCGUCACCCUCAUCUCGAGUUGGCCAAGUCUAAGCAUCACUGAAGUGUAAACGUCGGGGAACAGAGGAUCUCCUGAGUGCCAUUAAGGCCUUCCUAUUACACUGUGCCUUUAUGCCUUUUGUCUUGUCCACUAUCUCUUGUAGCCUGUGUCGUGUGCUUGGUUCAGUGUGAUCUAAAUGACUAUUGUUACAGAUUUUGCCAAAAGUUUACUUAAAAUAUUGUUUUAUAAUUUUGUUUCUGACAUUUGAAACUUUCGUUGAAGUUGUUGUUGUUUUUGUUUUUUUUAAAGAAUGUUUUAGCACUUCUUUUCAUUGCCGCUGCACUUCUUCCUUUUCACAGAUGAGCAGUUCCUAAAUGGUUUGCGCUGUUGCUUGUUUAUCCUUUUCUCACUUGACUUUGCUCUCUAUUUGCAGUUUAUAGAAAAAAAAGCAGAAUUUGUCUGCUCUGCUUGUUGAGAAUGCUUGAUUUGAUUGCUCUUAUCACACAAGGCUUCAACCGCUAGAGAUUUUUUGCUGUCUUUAAUUUAUCUUGCCACCAGGGGGCGAUAGUUUAUGAUUUUCUGUACCUGUAACCUUAAACGGAAAGCUUUCUUGUGGCUGUACAAGCACAUUUCCAUUAAGGGUCCUUGCACAUGGGAGAAUGCUGUAUUUUACUUGUUUAUGCCACAUGGUAUUCAAGAUAAAACGUAUUUCAGCUGAAAUCACUGCCAUAAUUUUUGAAGUUUAGGUUUAUACGUUUUUAUGUUCUGUUUGAGUUCUGCUUCUGAACAUAUUUCAUGUUUAUGAGCAUCUUUUGUGUUUUUAAGUUGAAUAAAUAGUGCUACUAAUUAAUACACAA